ACUUUUGAACUGUUCGGUGGUGAAUCUAUUAGUGUAGAGAUUUUAUGCAUCGAAGAGAAACGAUCUUUACCGGCCUUCGACUUCCUCUUCCCGUAGCUGGAUAUAAUGGCGUCCGGAACUCUCUACACCUACCCAGAAAACUUCAGGGCCUACAAGGUGCUGAUCGCGGCUCAGUUCUCCGGCGCUCAGGUCAAGAUUGCCGAUGACUUUGUCUUCGGCGAAACUAACAAAUCUGAAGCUUUCCUGAAGAAAUUCCCCCUAGGAAAGGUCCCAGCGUUCGAAACAAAUGAUGGGAAAUGUAUUACAGAAAGCAAUGCAAUUGCUUAUUAUGUUGCUAACGAUCAGUUGAGGGGAAAGACUGAGCUUGAGCGUGCAGAAAUUGUACAAUGGUUUGGAUUUGCUGAUUCUGAGAUUCUUCCAGCUAGUUGUGGAUGGGUGUUUCCAUUACUUGGUAUCAUGCCUUAUAAUAAGCAGACUGUGGAACAUGCAAAAGAUGAUGUAAAGAAAACUUUGACCGCCCUUAAUUCUCACUUACUCACACGUACUUACUUGGUCGGAGAACGGCUAACUUUGGCUGACAUUAGUGUAGCCAUGACAUUGCUUCAUUUGUACCAAUAUAUACUUGAACCAAACCUACGUAAACCAUACCAGAAUGUAAAUCGAUGGUUCCAGACUGUGAUUUACCAGCCUGAAUCUAUGGCUGUAAUUGGUGCCUUUAAAUUGGCUGAGAAGACACUCGAAUAUGACCCAAAGAAGUUUGCAGAAACCCAAGGAAAAUCUUCUAAAAAAGAAAAGAAAGAGAAAGAAUCCAAAAAGGAACCAAAGGAAUCAAAGAAAGAGGCAGCUGAAGAAUUAGAUCCCGCAGAAGCAGCUUUAGCUGGAAAAGGCACUUUUGAUCUCGAUGAUUUUAAGAGAUGUUAUUCUAACGAAGAUGAGAAAAAAUCUAUACCUUAUUUCUGGCAAAAGUUCGAUCCAGAACAUUACAGUAUCUGGUUUGGUGAAUACAAAUACAACAAUGAAUUAACAAAGGUUUUCAUGUCCUGCAAUCUAAUCGGUGGUAUGUAUCAACGACUAGAUAAAAUGCGGAAGGGUGCAUUUGCCAGUGCUUGCUUGUUCGGUACAGAUAAUGAUAGUACUAUCAGCGGUAUUUGGGUCUGGCGUGGGCAAGAGCUUGCUUUCACGCUGUGUCCAGACUGGCAAGUAGACUAUGAGUCGUACAGUUGGACCAAGUUAGACCCGAGUAAACCAGAAACAGCACAGUUGGUUGAACAAUACUUCAGCUGGACUGGCGCGGAUAAAGAGGGACGUGCAUUUAAUCAGGGAAAGAUUUUCAAGUAAACCUUCGCCCUAUCCUUGCUAUUAAACGGAACAUUUUGUUCGCAUGAAAUAAACGUAAAAAAAAUUGAUUAAAGUAUCAUCGAACUUUACACAAAAACCUUUAGAAUCCUGUAUUCAAUAAUAGGGUGUUUUCUUUUCGUCAAGAAAAAGAAUGUUCCUUUGUAUGUAGAUCUCUGUUGUUCGACACACAUGUCUUUUUA